AUGAUCUUCAAAGCUCUUAUCUUCGCCUUCUGCGUCUCCUCUGCCGUGGACGUCUUCAAUGCAACGGACAACCCUAUAAGGGGGGCCACGAUUAAGCUCUACGACAAAGAUACUUUGGGCAAGGACGACAACCUCGGCCAAACCAAAUCUGAUGCUCAAGGAUACUUCCAGACCUCGGGACAUGCCCGCGAGAUCACCAACAUCGACCCGAAGUACAACAUCUACCACGACUGCAACGAUGGCGUGAAGCCGUGCCAGCGCAAGUUCCACAUCAACAUCCCCAACCGAUACAUCAACAAGGGCAAGGAGCCGUCAAAGGUCUUCGAUGCCGGCACAAUUGAGCUGGCCGGCAAGUACCCGGGCGAAUCGCGUGACUGCCUCCAC